GCUGAUCAACAAAAUAAAUAGAAAUUUCAAACCGCAAUACGUCGUUACAUUCGCAAACACAUAAAUUAAAUGAAAUAGUCCGUUUUGUAUGCUUCUCACCGUAUCAAUUCGUUAAACAAGUGCCUGCUGCCAAACGCUGAAUGUAUGAGCUAUUCUCCUGAACAAAAUAAUCGAUUUAUUGUGUUUGAUAAGAUUUUUUUUUUAAAUCGAUAAAGUUUUCCAGUCAAACAAAGUGCAUCAUCAAAUGUGUGCGGCAUUAAUUCAGUUCAGUUUGUGCGUGUGAAUGUAUAGGGUCAUUUCGUGGUUGGUACAUUUUUUUAUGAGAUUGAUUUUUUAUUAGUUUUACGUUGUAUGACAUUCGAAUUUUGUGGUAAAAGAAGCGCUCCGAUAAGAUUUUCUGAUUAAAUAAGUGAUAAAAUCCGGUCAGAUACUCAACUCAAAUUAUGGCUGCUUCAUUGGAAAAUACAGAACACCAUGUUCAUUUCGACACGACCACAUUGAAGGAUGAAUUCGAAGGUGAGAACAGUUUAACAUAUCAAAAGUCCGGCGACAGUAUUGUCGUCCAUUUGGGCUUUCUACAAAUCAACCAUAGAUAUUUGAUCGAACUGAAACUACCGGCCACACUAUUCAAAUGCAACGCCGAACCGAUAACACUAGUUCCCGAAAAUGACACCAUACCGAACAUUCACUGUAAAUUGGUGGAAUUCAGUGGCAAAAAUGCGGAAAAAUCGGAUUUCAUCGACCUGAAGGUGGAAUAUUUUGCUCAUAAAGAGAAGCUGCUGAAGGAAGAAUUGAAAUUGAUAAAUUCGACAAAUUCGGAAGAAUUGCUGAAAUUAAUUGUGACCGCACGUGUGCUGGGCAAAGGUAAGGGGACGCCAAUGUUACGUAAUGGUAUACAUUGCAUUGGUGUCCAAGAGGAUGAGGAAUCGGAAGCGUCCGAUUUUCAGGGUUUCGGAACGAAUAAAAAUUGAAAUUAAUUGCUCAAUUUUCGGUCUACCUAUGCUACCUAAGACUUAGAAUAGACUAUGGAACUAUAAAUGAACAUGAAAUGCCUUUUCAGAUUUACUUUUAAUUUUUAUUUUUAAAUAUUCGUUUUCACCAUUUUCCAAUUGAAAUAUUUAUUGAACUUUCAUCAAACGUGCAGAUUUACCGGAACUGUAUUAUACAUUCUACCAUUGUAUUAUAUUAAGCAAAAAAAAAACGAAAUCAAUCAAUUAAUGAAUGGAACAAAUUUUAAUGAUGGACUGUCCAAUUCAUAAUGAUGCUCUAAACGUUCUACAAUUUAUGGAACACAACGUAAAAUUUAUCAAUGUGAUCUUCCUCAUACAAUUUUAAUUAAAAAUAUUUUUGUCAAAUUUUCUUUUUAUAAAAAUAGAUUUUUCUGUGUCCGUGUGUCCGAAAAAAAAAUUGUAUACAACAAUUCCAUGUCACUCUCGGUGUAUAUUAAUAGCAUUUAAGUCACAAGAGUAUGUCAAAGUCAGGGUGCAUUUUACUAAAUGGUAAAAUUUGGUGCGAACAUUUUUAAAUUGAAAAUUGGAAUCAUAAGAAAUGAUUUAGCAAAAAUGCGUAUCGUAGAGUACCUACGCUGAGACGUUUAUUUUGACCUGAACCGGUUUUGACCUGAUUCAAUCAAAUUUGGCGUAUGCUGAUUUUACCCGAAACCUGAUUAUAGUGAUCAGAAUCAAUUUUACCUGAAACCAAAACCUGACCUGAAAAUUUGUAUGAAAAAGUCAGGUUACUUGAAGCCUGAACUGACAGGUUUCAUUGAAACCAGAUUCAGGUCAGCUGCAUUUAGUUCGUUGAGGGCAAAAGGCUAAUUUUAGGUGACCAAAUUAGGAAACCUGAUUAUAGUUAUCAGUAUCGAUAUGUCCUGAAACCAGACCUGACCUGAAAUUUUGUAUGAAAAAGUCAGGUUUUAUAGAAACCAGAUUCAGGUCAGGUGCAUUUGGGUCGUUGGGCGCAAAAGGCUAAUUUUAGGUGACGAAAGUAGGAAAUUCUUUAAUAAUUUAAUAUGUCGUUGGUCGCAUCUGCUAACGGUGAGCCUGUGUCAGGUCUGUUUUACAAAAUUACCUGACCUAAAAUUUCAAAUAAUACUGACUUUUGACCGCGGUCGACCUAUUUGUAGUUUCAGUAGGAAAACGUAGUUCCGAAACGAAGUUUAUAAUCGAGUAGCAGAUAAACUUGGAAAUCAGAAAAUUCUUAAAAAGUCAUCGAAAAACUAAACAACAUCGAUGGAAAUACAAAACGUAAAUAGAAAAUCUUUAAAAUCGGUGAAAAAUCAAGCAAAAACGGUUAAGAAAAACCGUUUGAAAAUCCUCAGAAAAUCAUUAAAAAUCUCAACCUCGUAGAUUUCUGGGGAUAUGCCAUCAAAGAUUAUAGAAAAUACAGAUUCUUUAUGGCGCAGGAAGAUAUGGGUUUCCAUUGGUUCAUUGGAAAGCUGGGGUCAAUUGGAUGUAGGAUAACCACAUUUUCGACUUUUAAUGGCUCAUCACUGGCUGUCUGACAGGCUAUGAUUAAUGUUUGAGUCUGAUGGUUUAGAGAUCUAGGGAACAAAACCUAUCAAGUCAUUUGAAAGUAGUAGAUACCCUCAGUACCUUUCUCAUCGCUUCAAGUGGGUCAAGUCAAAAAUUACAUGCACCCGAGUGUGAUAAAAGUAUUGUUCGGCAAUCGGUCAUCUCAAAUCUUAUACUCAAAGAACAGAGACAAGCCGGUAAAAUCAAAUACAAACAUUGAUGUUAUCACCAAAUUUAUCGUCAAGUUAAUGCGCCUGACUAAUUAUUAUCAUUUUAUAAUUUAUUGUUUUGUUUGAAAUGUUUGGGUAUAUUUGUAAAAGACGUGUGUAUUGUGUUAUACAAUGUAACUGGUACGUACGUAUAGCUAAUAAAUUUUGAAUAAUAAAUUAUAGUGUACUGUGUACACAACACGAAUUGUAGUUAAAUUGGCACUAAAUUGACACUAACCCAUGGUAAAGAUUGAAAAAUGAAUUUAAUAAUUUCCAAUUUGGUUGUUUCUUUUUUGUUGUUGUGAUGUAUAUUAACGAACGAGCUUAAAAAGAGUCGAGUCGAAUUUAUUUGUCGUGUUUGAUAUUUUUGAUAUUGUACAUUGCGGAGACGAAAUUGUUUGUUGGAUUCGAGUAAUGUUUUCUGUUUCCUAUAUUAGACACUAUAUAUUAUUAAACUACACAAUGCAAAAUAAUGUUAACAUUUUGAAUAGAUAAAAAAAAUCUUCCGAAAUCAGAGCGUCAUAACCACCAAUGAAUUUUUCUUAUGAAAUUUUAUUAAAAUAAAUCACAUUAAUUGCUUGUCAACAUCAAAUUAAAAUUAAUAAAUUUGUUGAAUAAAGAAUUUAUUGAGGUUUCUAAAAA